AUGGAACUCAACUCAGGCUGGAAUCUUCCGGAACAAGGACCAAGGAAUGGGGGAGGCUUACCUCAGCUUGUGGUGUUUAAAGAGGGAUAUUUAGAUCUCAGUUUUCCUGAGAAGAAUAGCUCAGAAAAAUUACUUGCAACAUAUAAUAGCCUGACCGAUAAACACCUGGCUGGAUAUUUCAACAACACAAGGAUACGGCGGCAUCUCCUAAGAUCAGGACUGAUCACAAGAAGUGGAAGAAUACUUUCUGAAAAGGAAUACAAACUAAAUAUCAUGAAGCGAGAUCACCAAAAAUAUAUCCGGGAGUGCUUGGCUCAGGCUAUUUUCCAUAAGGUUCUWGAUUUGGAGCGUCACCAUCAACUGGAAAUAAAAAAGAAACUGGAGACCUUAGCUAGAAAGGAGCAAAUUCAGAGAUUUAAGGGAGAGAACACAAGACAAUUUAUUGAAAACAACAUGCCAAUCCUGUCUCCUCGCCCCCCACUUGGCCCAAAGACUAAUCGAGGCCAGAGUGUUCUGGUUAGUGAAGGACAUUCUAGUCCAUUAACACUGACAGCCCCUCGACCAUAUACUGCCCCAGGAAAUAUGCAGCCUCCAAUUCGAUUACAGCCUCUUCCCCGUAAUCCUGCAGUGGGGACUGUUCCAAAGAUAACUUCCGGAUCCAGAUUAAAACCCUCAGUGCUGGAAAAUGAAGCUCCAUUUCCCAUUGGGGGCAAGAAGGCAAUGAUGAAGUUCAGGAACUCCAUGAACAAUUCACAAAGAAUGAAUCCAUAUCAAUUUCCACGCAUUAACAGUUACGUGAUGCCUGUUCCUCCUCUACCUCCUCCCCGAGAUGGAAAAGUCACAAGGGAUAAUAGAUCUGAAACAUGGAGGAGGAGAUUUCGUCCAAUUACUGCUCCGAAUGGCUUGGAACCUCUCUUUCCCAGGGUUUCAGGAAGGAUUCAUAAAACAUCACUGCAUAGUAAUGCAGCUAUUACAAUGAUCUAUUUGGGGAAAAAUGUGCACCUAGCUUAUGACAACCAAGAUUUCCGAGAUGAAAUAAAAAUUUAUCAACAGCACUGUGGUGGGGAAAACCUUUGCGUCUACAAAGGCAAACUAUUUGAAAAUGAGACCUUUCAGUUUAUUUCCAAAAGGCACCAUGGUUUUCCCUUCAGCCUCACCUUUUUCCUGAAUGGUUUGCAGGUGAACAGGUUAAGCUCCUGCUGUGAAUUCAAGCACCGAAAAGGUUCCAGACUUGGAGGCAGACGAGGCUACUUUGGGUUUGUGUGCGUGGAGAGAGCAUCUCCUUGCUACAAGUGCAUUAUUGCAAUGGGCCUUGACAAAAAACCAUCUUCAAUGAAACCUAGGAAAGAGAAAAGCACUGAUAAAAGAGAAGAACUGAGGAAGGAUAGAGAGAAUGGGAUAUCAAGAAGAAAUGAGAUGGAGGUGAACAAAACCUCUCUCUCAGCCACUUGUUCAGUUCAAGAAAUAAAUAUGGGAGUCAGAGAAGUGAGAACUGCUAUGGAAGAAAUGGAACUUAAAGGAAAACAAAGACGGAAUGAUUGGGAAAACAACCAAAGAAAUGCUUUCAAAUAUGAAUAUGAAGAAGAUUUUGAAAUAGAUGAGGAGAAACAAGAUGAGAAAGCUAAUGAAGAAGGACAGGCUGAUGAUCAAAUGAAUGGAAUAUCAAAGUCACCCUCAGAGGAUGAAAAAGAUAAUUUAGGCCCUGAGGAGAGUGAAAUCUUGUCAUUGAAGGCACCAGAUGCUGAUGACAAUGUGAAAGAUGAGGAUGAUGGAUGCUCUGAGAGUGAAUCGGAAGAGAAUAAACAAGAUAUUAAAACAGCUUCAACAAUCUCAUCCGGAAGUCACCCAUAUUCUAGUGACAGUGAAGAUGAUCUUGCAGAAAGAGCCAGUGAAGUGCAUGUUGAAAACAGUACACAAGAAAGUCCUAGAAGUUCAUCUGCUCAGGAGCUGAGUGAAAAUGGUGAGUCAGAAAAAUCCCAUCAUCUAAUUGAGGAAUCCUUAGAAAUUGAAACUGAAGACCAAGAUAUAACAAAAGCAGCUGUGGAGACCCAGCCUCUGCCAAGAGAGGAAAGCUGUGAGAACGUUCUUGAAGAAAUGCAGAAAGGAACCCAACAGAUUGCAGAGAAUUUAUUUGAGAAGUCCAGGAAACCUACCUCCAAGGAAGAAAAGGAAAAGAGUAAGCUUUGGGAAGUAGGCACCGCUAAGGUGAAGGACAAAACAGCAGGUCUCCCUGAGGUGGAGAAAGAGGGUAAAGAUAAAAUAACCUUGUUUUCUACCCUUAUUUUUAUAGCACCCAAUAGAAAUUUUAUAGUGGAGGAAAGGGCACCCUUCCACUCGGAGAAGGAAUCUGAGCAGAUCACACUGCAGAAGAAAGAAGCAGGGGAGGAAGUUAUCGCUCCCCAACACCAGGAUGCAGAGCUCAGGGAUGGGGUGGGCAUUAAGGAGGCUCCCCUGGGGGAGUGGCAAACAGCAGCUGGGCCUCUAGCACUAGCAGAGCAACCCACAGAGAACAGCAAGGUGCCUCUGUGCACGGCAAGUUGGGCAGAGGAGGAAGCAGAAGGGGAUGGAAGGCAGGACCUAGAAGGAUUCAAAGCCACAGGAAUAGCAGCAGGGAGAGAUUCUGUGGGUCUGAGUGAAGGAGAGGCUCCUCAAGAGCAGACCCUGAGGCAAACUGUACUUGGGACAGAGCAGGCAGGUUCUGAAGGGGAGCAGGGUAUGGUGGAGGGAGUGCUUACAAACACCACAGCCCUGAGCACAGAGCAUCUUCAGGAGGCAGCUGCCCUGAGAGAGCCACCAACAACUCCAAAGAUGGAAGUGUCUGACAGAGGGGUGGCUGUGAGUGAGGCAGGGCCCCCAAAGCCAGAUGUGGACGCGAGUGAAGAGGAAGCACUCACAGAGCAGGAGGACAUGGGACCCAUUGAAGACACAGCAUCUGAGAGAGAGGAUGGUUCACAAGAGGCAAUAGUUGGGGGAAAGGAACCAGGCAAAGAAAGGAAGGAGGUUCUGGAAACAGAACCCCCCUUGAGCAUCUCCACAGGAGAGGCAGGGGCAAGGCAGAUGGGGCUUUCAGAGGGCAGCCCAGAAGAACUCUGUGAGGAAGGUGCAGCCAGGGCAGAGACUGGGAGUGAGGCAGAAGAUGUAGCAGGAGAAGGGAGGAGAGCGGAGAGCCCCGGAACACCUCUGAGGGAAAUUGGAUCUGAGAGAGAAGAGGUGACAAGGGCAAUUGCAGCGAAGGAUGAAGACACUUUAGAAGAGGAGCGAACACAUAAAGGGGAAGAGGGGGAAGCAGUGAAGGAAGAGAGAUCUGAGGAACAGACCAAAGAGCCUGAAAAUGAAAUAGAAUCGGAUGCUGAGGAUGCACAACCCACAGAGACAACUGAAGUGACUCAAGAUUCAGGGCUUCUAGAAGACUCGCUGAAAGAAAGACAGGUGACCUUGUUUGAAGUAACACAUGGAUUUGAAAAGUCACUGGAGAAAAUAACAGCUCUGAGGAAAGAAGAAAGAGGGGAAAGCUUGAAUGAAGCUAGAGACACAGAGCACAGGGACAGAGCAGGGCUGCUGGGCCGGCACAAUGUGGCUCUACCAGAGCAGGGGCAGGGACCCCACCAUGAUGGAGAGGGCACUUUAGAGGCUGCAAAGUGUGCAACCCAGGACCAAGAUGACCUUGCAGGAAUGCAGACAAGAGAGGAAGAAGAACCUUUUCAGGGGCCAGGAGGAGCAGGAAUCAUGAUGAUGACCGAGAAAGAUGUUCCUGAGGGAGAUUUCAUGAUAGUGGAAAAGUUUAGUGAAGAAGCAGUGGAUGGGGACCCAGAGGAGGAGGAGGAGGAAGAGCACACUCUGGGGACAAGAGUGACAAGGGUGAUAAAGGACAGCAACMCAGAGGGGGAUGGGGCGACAAGAGGAGGAGCAGUCCUGGCCCAGGAAGGAGGAGCAGCAGAGAGGAGGGAGGUGUUGGCAGAUUCAAAGACAGCUAAGGGGGAAACAGUAGCAAAUAGAGCCUCCUCCUUCUCAGAUGUUGCUUGGGAGGAAACAUGGCACAGAGGGGAUGGGAAGCUGGGUAAAACAGCAGCUGCAGAGAGGGUGGCAGCAGAGGAAACAGGGCUGAGCAGGGAAGAGGUGACAGUGACAUCAGCAGCAGAGCCUGGGGAGGGAGCUCUCCAGGAAACUUUCCAUCUGGAGGGGCAGGGCCAGCGGCUAGGACAGGAUCAAGAGGGAGGGGAAGUGGAGGCCACUCAGGGUGUGAGGUCCCUGGGAGAGGGGGAAGGAGCAGGGAGCAGUGAUGGGAGGCAAGAGUCAGGAACAGCUGAAGAAUUCAGACAAGGAUCAUCACAGGAGAGGGAGGUAGAGUUGAGCGGAGGGAGUCUAGAGGCAGUGGCAACACUUUCCGUGAAGCCUGAAUUCUCUGGAACCCAAGAGGAACAAGAGCAUAUGGUUCAAAGAGAAAGUGAGAGUGCAGAUGUUCCCCUGAACAGCGUGAAGGACUAG